AUGUGUAAACAGCUUCGACGAGGCGAUGCGGUCGACCCAGACGACGACGACAAGGACAACGACAACGGUAGCGACUCCGACGAAGACAGUCAAGGUUCAGACGCUGUCGCAAGGAGGGCAAGAGGAGAGGAAGACGGCGGGGGUGGGGGGUCCGCGGGUCCGGAAGGGGAAGGGGAGGGGGAGGGGGAGACAUCUCGCCAGAUGGCCGCGCUGCGCGCUUAUUUGGACGAACAGGCCAAGCACAUGUUCUUCGAUCACCGCGUGAGCUACGCCGUUAAGGAGAGACGGCACCUCCUGGAGAGCUUGCUGGGCACGUCGGAGACGGUGUGGGAGGGGAUGCUACACUACCGUGCAGCGGCGGGCCAGGCGGUUGCGGUGGGGCUGGAGCUGUUUCCUGCCGUUAGAGAUGACAAGAUCGGCUCCUACCUCCAGGUGCUAUCCGGACCGUUACGGCCGUCCGCCUGGGGAGGCGUAUUCUCGUUCAGCUCCGAAACCAUCCGUCGCUGCCGAACCAUCAUCGUGGAAGAGGAGGAGCGGGAGCAGAAGGCAAGUGUAUGCGAGUUCUUCCAAGUGGUGUGCCGCUACCUCGCCGAUCACCUGCUCACGCCGGCCCUGAGGUGCGCGAACAACCUUUUGCCCAAGCCUGCGGCCAACGCGGCCAGCGCGGCGCUCAGGGAGAUGACAGGCGGGGCGGGGCAGCUCCCGCCUAGAGAGUUCUACGAGGCGGUGAAGGCGGCGUCGAAGGCGGCGGCGGGUUUGGAGGAGCACCACCGAGAGGUUGUGGCGAAGGGAAUGGAGGAAACGCCAACCCUCCGCACGAUCGCCAGCGAGACCAAGAAGAGCCUCCUGCACAGGGUAGACGCGUGGACGGUGAGAGUGCUGGAGGACGCGAUGAAGCUGCUCAUCCUGUACGCGGAGAAGCAGAUGUCUCUCAGGUCUAGCAAGAGCGACUACUGCCCCAAGGAGGAGAGCGCCGCGAUCGAGGCCACCAGGACCGUCAAGGCGGUGUCCUCGGUGCUGGAAGAGCAACACAGCGUCUUCGUAGAGUGUCUCAAGGAGGUGGACCAAAGAGUUGACCUCCGCAUGCUCUGGGAGAGCGUCGGACUCCGGGUUCACGAGUUGUUCGUGGAGCACCUAAAGAAGACGAAGGUCAACGUGAUUGGUGCUUUUAUUUUGGCGAACGACGUCAACCGCCUUCAGGAGGUGUUGGGGAGGUUUGGGUGCGAGGGGGUAACCUCGGCGGCGGAGCAGCUGCGGGAGAUUGCCAACCUCUACGUCGUGCCACCGGAAAACCUGCUGUCGCUCAUGGAGCAGGGAAGGCUAGCGGAAAUGGGCAAGGAGGAACUGGUGGGGUUCGUGCGGAUGCGAGCGGACUAUCACACGGGCGUCGGUUCGAGGUCUCAGUGGGCGAAGGAGUUGUUCCCGCAGGACGACCACGGGGUCAACUUUGCACAAGCGUUCGGCGGGGGAGGUUGACGAGGUUGACGAGGUUGACAAGGUUGACGAGGUUGACGACGGUGUUGCGCUCCUCGUCCAAGCUCAAACCCAGCCUGCUGUGUGUGAAGUUUGACACGGGUGGUUGAAGCCUUUGAAGCCUCGCUCCCCUACUACGAAGUCAUUUUCGGGUCACGCACCCGGCAUUGAAGACGUUGGGAGCGGUGGUAUUUAUUUGCCGACGGCGUGGUUUCCCUGCAUUGUUGAUUGGCCAAUUGUCAACAGUCAUAGUGGCGUUUCGCAUUCCGCCAUCGUCAACGACAGUGGCGUAUUCGGGGUGUGGCCACCAGUGGUGCCACUCCUUCGAGACGAUGCGCGCACGCCCUUCGUUUGUGUGAAAGUGCGAAAGAGACUGUCUCUCAUCUAUAUCAUGUAAAUUUCCAUCUUUCGUGUUGUUUGCCAUGAUGAUUACACGAGGUAAAUGUUGUGUACAGGGUUAAGAUACACUCUUCCAUGGGUUGCCGGUGGUGGGAGGGCGGUAGGGAUUUUGACGAGGUGGAAAUCAGCAAUAAUAAUUCUCCUUCCUGCACUACUUGAAGAAUAAUUUUUGUAAGUGUUCAGGAAUGAGAUUGCCGUUUUUGUUUUUUUGUGGCUUCACCGGCACCGUCAGAGUUGCUGCCGAUCCCGAAUGAUUUUGCACCUUUGACGACGUGUUGUGGACUGAUGGGUCUGUUCAGACGGAUAGCAGAACUCACGGGAUAUGAUCGUGGAGGGCGUGCGGCCACAGGUUGAAGGCGUUGUGUUGUACCUGGAGGACUCGUUCCAGGUUGCAAGUCUCUGUUGCUUUCGUUGUGGGUGGUAGGAGACCUGUUGUUCACCAUGAUUUGCACCCCAAACAUCGCGAGUACAGGGUAAAUUAGCCUGUGACCACGGGGGUAUUGGGCAGAGAUCGGAACGUUUUUUUUUGCGAAAACAACAGCGGAGGGAGAGUACGUAAACGCUCAUCCAUCUUUCCUGUAAACUCGCAUCAUCUUUUCAAGCUGUGCUGUACAUGACUGUUUCUUAUCACACGUGGCGGCUCUUGGACAUGAUGAAAUAGGAGCGAGAUGAGUGAGAGAAGCGAAAAAGAAUGACCACGAGGGCAACACGACAGAUGACAUGGCGACACAGGAGUGA